GUUUAGGUCUCAAAUUGCUUUGCUCUCUCUUUCACCAACCCUCUCCUCGUUUUUUCUAUAAGCCCUAGAGAGAGAGAGAGAGCGUUGCAAAAGAGGACACGUGUCAGGCUAUGGCGGCGCCGGAAGCUCCAGUUAACUAUGUUGGAGUUGCCAGAAAAUCCGCCGCUUUCCGUCUCAUGAAACAAAUGGGAUGGGAAGAAGGAGAAGGCCUAGGCAAGAACAAGCAAGGAAUCAAAGGAUAUGUCAGAGUUCAGAACAAACAAGACACUGCAGGUAUAGGUACUGAAAAGCCAAAUGAGUGGGCGUUUGACACUGCUCAGUUUGAUAGCAUACUUAAAAGAUUGAAAGUGCAAUCAGCUGAACCCAACAAUGAUGAAGUAAAAGAGAAAAAAGAAGUGCAAAAUGACACAGCAACAAGAACUUCCAAGGGUGAACAAGAGACUGUUGCUAAGAGUACUCGGCCUCAAGGAAGAUAUAAGAAAAGGGAGAGAGGAAAGCUUGUGCACGCAUAUUCAUCUCAGGAUCUUGAAGGAAUUCUUGUCAAAAAGGCAAAAACAGAGACAAAUGAUGAUCAGAAGGUACCAGAUACAGCGGAGAGUAUUAUUGUUGCAGAUGAUGCAGGGAAUGAAGAUCAAGGUGUUCCCCCAGAAUGGUGGGGCUAUAAAAAUGGAUUUGUUUCAGGAGGAUUUCUUGGAAGUCAAGCUCGGAGAAAAAAGCCAUCCUCGUCCGAGAAGAUGCGAGACUUCAGUGACAGGACCACAUUCCAUGAGGAGGAUCAAGAAAAUCUUUAUAACCUUGUGCAAAACACAGCCACAACUGGAAAACAAGGACUGGGUAUUAAGGACCGGCCGAAGAAGGUUGCUGGUUGCUACUUUGAGGGGAAAAAGACGUCCUUUGACGAUAGCGACGAAGGAGAUUCUUCUGAGUCAAACCCUCCCAUGAAAGAAGAAUAUGAAGAAAUCAGUGACCCAGUCAAAAAUGGUGAACCAAAAUUGAAGCUAAAGAAAUUGUGUAAACGGCUGUUGAAACAGGCACCUGGGAACUCGUUAAAGCUGAAGCAGCUUAAAGUGCUAAUUGAUGAACAAUCAUCAGAUCUUUUCUAUUUCACUAAAAAAGAGGCUAUUGCUUUUUUGAAGAGCAAGCUUGAAGGCAGUGACAAGUUCUCAAUGGAGGGGAAGAGGGUGUCUCUUUCUUAAAGAGGGCUGAAAGCAUUUGCCUUGGCUGAGAUUAGCUGUAACGAAAUGUAGAUGGCCACCAAAACUAGGUUCACAUUAAACCACUUAGGUGGGAGGUUAUGAGUCUUCCACCUCAAUUUCAUGUUAUUUUUGCUGAGAUGUAGCAAGGAGCAGCAUUGCGUUUGGGGAUUGAAGUCCAGCAUUUAGGCAGUUUUUUCUUCAUCCACCGACCUGCCCUUGUUCUUUUUUCUUUUCUUUUUAAAUUUUUAUUUUAUUUUAUACUUUUAACAUUAUUUUGGGUUAUCAUUGGUCUGUUAUAUGCUAAGGAAUAGAGGUCAGUAUACGUUUUGUAUUAUGAACAUAUACCCAUUCGAUUGUUACACCUUUUUAAUUUGUUAUUGCACA